AUGAGUAUUUAUGGAAUAUAUUAGAAGUUUUAAGUAGGAUAAAUAAUUUCUAUUGUUUAAAUGUUAAGUAUACAUUUGUUACUGAAUACUUUUUUUUUAUAAGUGAUUGAAUAAUUGAUUUUCCAAAUUUUUAAGGGUGGAAUCAAUCAAGAUGUGAGUAUUAUUUUUAAGCCCCCUAGCGAUUUGAAAAUAAAGGAACUAAUCCCUUAUUUAUUAACAAUGUUCAAGUAUCACUCAUGUUGA